AUGAAGACCAAGGGCAUUAAACCAGAUAUGGUUACUUAUAGCUCUGUAAUUCAUGGUUUGCGUUGUAGAUGUAAUUUGGAGGAGGCUAAAACUUUGUUUAUGGAGAUGUUGGAUGAAGGUGUACAGCCUGAUGUGGUGACAUUUAGAGUUGUAAUGGAUGAACUUUGUAAGAUUGGAAAGAUGAACGAAGCCAAUGGGUUGCUCCAACUGAUGAUUUAUAGAGGUGUUCAUCCAGACAUAUGUACUUAUAACACAAUUUUGAGUGGCUAUUGCUUGGCAGGUAGAACUGACGAUGCAAGGGAGCUAUUUGUCUCUGUGGUGAGUAAGGGGUGUAAGCCUAAUGCUGUUAGCUACAAUAUGUUGAUGGAUGGUUUAUGCGUGGCAAAUAAAAUUGAUGAUGCUAAGCAGUUGUUUGAAUCAAUGACGAUUGGACAUGCACGGAAACUAUUUGGUGAGAUGCAACUCAAUAAUGUUACACUCAAUUUCAUUACUUACAAUAUUCUUAUUGAUGGCCUCUGCAAAAAUGGUUGUAUGUUGGAGGCUGUUGAACUAUUUCAUACUUUAGGAAAUGGAAACUUUCAACUUGACAUCCAAUCAUCAAUUGUCUCAUUGAUGGAUUGCACAAAGCAGGGAGACUCGAGAUUGCAAAAUCAAGACUUGGUUCCAAGUGUUGUGACGUAUAACAUUAUGUUGGAUGAGCUUUGUAAAGAAGGGCGCUUAGAAAAGAUGCCAAAGUACAUGUCUUCUAUGACAAGUAAAGCUUCUUCUCGCUCAACAACAAAGCAAAGCAGUAAAGUUGCUACAUCUAUAGAGGGGAAUGCAACUUGA